AUGAAGUAUCCAAGGAUUUACCUUUCAGGGCUGCUCGCCGUCCCAUGCCUAGCCGCUCCUGUCGCAACUACUGGCAAUGGGCAGCAGAUUGCGGUGGCCUCGUAUAUCGAUCCAGCUGCAGAUGCUGCCGCUUGGGAUCGGCUGAUUGAGUAUUCGGUUGACAAGAUGCCAUUGUUAAUUGCCAACGUUGUGAACGGUCCCGACUAUGCCGUCGAUGCCAGCUGGGCCGAUGUUAUCAGUAGAGCUGCAAGCGCCGGCAAAACGGUCCUUGGCUAUGUGCGUACCGGAUACCUCGGUGUGAGCGACCAAAAGAUUUUGACGAGACUGGGCUCAGGAGACUUGGCGGAUUGGACCGCCCAAAUUGAGGAAGAUAUCGAUAUGUGGUAUACUCUCUAUGGUGACAGCAUCGGAGGCAUAUUUUUUGACGAAGGCUGGCCUUCAUGCGGCGACAACAACCAGUAUUCCGACUUAUAUAAGUAUAUCAACGACUACACAAAGCGAGCCCAUCCCGGCGCGUAUACCAUUUUGAACCCAGGAUCACCCAUGCCUUCUUGCUUUGAGGAUACCAUGGAUACACUACUUACCUUUGAAUCGGACUACACGGCAUAUACAACUUCGUACGUGGCCAACGAUUGGACACCGGCGGACCCGCGAAAGCUCUGGCAUGUUAUUUACAACGUUCCAGCGUCUGCAAUUGACGAGAUCGUCGCACUAUCUGUCGAGCGCGGGGCUGGGUAUAUUGAACUUACGGAUGACGUCUUGCCUAAUCCAUACGACAACCUACCUGUCGAUUCUUACAUACAGAGCAUGCUGGGUGAAGUCGAUGGCGGCUCUCUUUUGAAUGCUAAUGCCUCGGCCUGGGCAUCGGGAGCGAGUGCAGGAGCGGUAUCCGGGUUAUCAGUCUCGUCAUCGGAUUAUAGCUCUGCAAAGAUGUCGUGGACCGCAGCCACUGGUGCUCUCGGAUACUAUGUAUACUCGGGCAGUGAUGUUGUUGCCAGUAUUCCUAGUACUAUGACCUCAAUCACGAUUGGUGGUCUUCAACCAGGAACUAGCUAUACCUUCACCGUGCGUGCAGUGGGAGGAGGUGGAACUACAGGAUCCGCGUCCAACACACUCACUGUCAACACAAAAUCUCUGCCAGAUGGCAAUGCAAUCUCUAACCUCAACGCCACUGCUGGAGCAUCCUCAACAACUUACACGGCUGACGUUCUUAUUCCUUACAAUUCCUUCAGUCUCUAUAUCUGGGAUACAGUGGGGUGUGACUUCGACACCAAUCCGGGAUGGACUGUCAACUUCGUGAGUGACAAUUACGUUUGCACACACUACAUGGUCGAAGGCACAACUCUAUACGAAUACACUGGUACGGUUCCUGCUGGAUCCACGUCUCCGCCUUGGUCAUGGUCAUCAAUCGGUACCAUCACUCUCAGUAAUACUGGCGACGCUUACACAUGGACUUUGCCCUUGGGAACUUCAACAACAGACACGACUAAGUUCGUGAUCCAGGCGCAAGGGUAUAAUCCCCUUGUUACAGUCUUUAGUCCGGAUCCGAGCACAUAUGCAUGA